CAAAAAAAUUACUCCCAAAGGUUCGAAAAGAAUGAAGAAAGGGAUUUGAUGCUUUAUGUGUCGGCCAGUUAUUCUUCCCAAACAAUCCAACAUAAACCAGAAGAAAGCAAGAAACAUUCUCACCCUUCAAUUCAAUCCAUUGAUCAUGGGGAACUGCGUGUUCAAAGGAAGUCAUGGCUCUGUUUUGGAUGACAACAUGGUGAAGGUGGCAACCUCCAACGGAGGGAUCAUGGAGCUGUGCACACCCAUUACCGCAGAUUGCAUAACCAUCGAAUUCCCCGGCCACGGAAUCUACCGGAGCCGCCGGGACUUGUUCUCGGAGCCUCUCCACCCCAACGAAGAGCUUCAUGCUGGUGAGCUCUACCACCUCCUCCCUCUCAACCCUUUUUCCAGGUUGUCAUCCAGAAACAGCAUGGCCAGACAACUGUCUAACAAUUCUUCAGCAACCUUAACACCGUACCGGAUGUCUACCUACGACAACAACAAAAGCAAGAUGUGGUCGGAAACAGGGCAACAAGUGUUUCCAAUUAGGUGUAACAAUAAAAGCACGGGAGUGUGGAAGGUGAAGUUGGUAAUAUGCCCGGAGCAGCUGUCGGAGAUUCUGUCGCAGGAGUCACGGACGGAGGCGCUCAUAGAGAGCAUCAGGACGGUGGCCAAGUGCGGCAAUAGGGUGCCAUCGGAGGCCGCCGGUUCCGAUCACUGGAGUGUUUCCAGCAGCUGGAAUACUAAUGGCUCUGUAAUUGAGAAUAUGUAGACUAAAUUAAUAGCCACGGUUAUAUUACCAUGUGUAUCAAUAUGUUUUUAAUCAUUGUUAUAAUAAUUUCGUUCUCUCCC